AGUAUGCAUUUGGAGCCCAUGAGUACCCAUCCAGUGGAGUGUUUGAAUUGGAACCAAGAAGUUGCCCUGGUUUUAUCUUCAGGCGGUCAGUGCUUUUAGGUAGCAUCGACAUGUCUCGUUCAGAAUUUUGUUCAUUCAUGGAGCAUCUUUCUGGAAAGUAUCAUGGGAACACAUAUCAUUUGAUUGCCAAGAAUUGUAACCAUUUUACUGAUGAAGUAUGUAUGCAUCUGACCGGAAAGCCCAUUCCGGGAUGGGUUAAUCGGCUUGCCCGAUUAGUUUCAGGCUCUUUCUGCAAUUGUUUUCUGCCGGAAAAUUUUCAGGUUACAGCUGUCAGACAACUAAACAAUCAUCAAGCAUAUUCUGAUGAUGGGUCAGAGUCUGCUGUGUCAUCUGUUACAGCAGAGAGUGAAGAGGAGCCAGAUCAUCAUCUUCUCAUUGCAUCGAACAGUGAGAUAGUGUUUGUGAAGGAAAAGCCAGUGAGACUAGCAAAAGAUCUCCUCUAAUUUUUAUUUUUUUCUCCCCCUCCUAUUUGUUAGUGUUCUGUUCCGGUUAUUUGUACUAGUAGUGCAGAAUCACAAUUGUAUCAUCAAACGUAUCGUCUCAAUUGAAUUGUUUUGAG